AUGGAUAGCGCAUCAAGCAAUCUCACCAACCUUGGCUGCGACUUUGUCGUGGCUACAACGCAGGCUAGCAUAAAUCCUGGCAUGGUACAAUUUAUAGAUCAAGCACGCCAGGAAGUCAAGUAUCUAUGCUACCUGGUAAACCCGACGACCGGUGACCUGGAGGACCCAAUCACCCUGGAAGAAUUGAUGAAGCAGACUGGCGGCAUCAGCCCGUUUGAUAUCCCCAAAGGCACCCCUUAUGAUGACCCAAGAAUAACCGCCUGCACUAAUGCCCUUUUCCAAGUUGGCAUCAAGAUGCGGAUAGGGAUACCGCGAAACGUUAACCCAAGAGACUUGUCCAUUGUCAACUUGGGUCAAAACCUCCGCAGUGUCGAUUUCAACAUGUACUAUUCAGAUAUUACUGUCAUUGAAAACGAUCCUGUGAAGUGGGGAUAUUCAGGCAGCUGGAAUAUUUGGAAGCAGCCCAGCGAUAAACCGUGGGCAGCUUCGUGCACCGUCGAUCUCGUCCUGAGCAAUCUCAGCCGAAACCUCGACGACCCUUAUUUCAACAAUCACCCAGACGCCAAGUUUCAAUUCAUGCGCAUGGAUAUGAAAACAAAAGCUGGUGGUUGCCUGGUACAUUGUCUCUUCGACGGGUAUUUACAAUUUGCCCAUAGACACAGCUUUCCGCCCCUCGCCGUCUCGGCUGUCGCAAAUCCCAACCAUGACCCGUCUCUGUACAUGACAGCAACGGGGGAGGUGGUGAAUCCGCCCAGAGACAGCUCCGGUAACCCUCUAUCAUCUCCUUCCUCAUCCGAACAAGCAAUCGCCACGCUUAACUAUAUCGGCGCCAUCAACCACAAUAGAGUGCCGAAUGUUUCAGGCUUCAAUUGGAAUUGGGUGCGACCCGAGGACGUCAACAAUAAGAGUGGUGUCAUUGCAAUUCGCCGCAAUGUAGUGGCUCAAUUCUUCCUGGAUGUCCUUAAGCGUCUAGCUCCUCGUUACAUGUAUGAACCGGUUGCUCGGAAAGAAGACAACUACCGCCUACAAUUGCUCAAGGGAGAGUGGCUUAGUGAUGCGACAGCUGAUCUUACAAAUGACGACAGCAGCCGUGUGCUCCAUAUCCAGGCGGGAGUCCCUCCGAGUGAGCCUCUACAGUCCUGGGAUGACCAGAGCAAUGGGAUGGAAGUUUAUAUCGGCCAAGGUAUCAAGUAUGCCAAGGUAGAUAUUCACCCCGGCUAUUCUUGUGGUGUCUAUUUCGAAGGGCAAGAAGUCAGGAUUGAGCAGCGCUUGUGGGUUACUGCCGCGGUCGCUGCCGAGUUCCCACACCAAAACUGGGAUUAUGCAGAGCACAAGCCGUACGACAAGUAUUUGACAGAGAAAUACUCGUUGUCUGUCCGUCAAGGUGGAGGGUUUUAUUUGGGUAGAACGAGUUGCGCGUCUGACGACAAAUCUGAACAAUGCUGGGAAUACGGCGACAGUGACAGCUCCGAUACCGAGACCGCGAAGAAAGGCUUCUUUUACAACCUCCGACAGAUGAUGGAUGAUCUGAGGCCUGCCGAGAUGAGCCUAAUAGACAUCUGUCAGCCAAACCGCUUCAUAUUUCCUGGAGCCCAACCCUUUACAUAUCAAGACCCCUUCUUCUCCAAGCAUCAAGACUUGAUAGCCAGUAUUCCCCGUCUCAACAAUUACAUGGUCAGUCUUAACCCGGACCCCCAAACGACCCCCAAAUUAACGCAUAACUAUGACCGAAUAGAGAUCAUCUCGCCAAAUGGCAAGUUUGAGGCGCGGCAGAGUAACGAUGGCCACUCACUCCUCUUUGCGAUUGACUCAUCUAGCAUUUUUCUCCUCAAGCUAUUAGAGAGCAAAAUCGGAAUUUCACACACUGGCUGGCAGGUUCGCGUUGGUGGUCAAUGA